CAAGCCCGUCAAUGCGCCCCGUCCCGAUGAGCAGGCCCUGCUCACGAGGCUGCGAGGAUCUUUGAGCUCCAUGCGCGCUUCGCGAGACUUGUAUAAGAGGCAGCGUUCCAAGUCUGAGGAUCCUUACCCUACCUGCUCGAAGCAAACCAUCGCGAAUGCCGACCGCUGACAGAGAGACCAUGGUGACACUUGUCAAGCGCUCCUUGGGCUUCAGCGCUCUGCUGAGCACCCUUCUACUGGUAUGUCUGCUCUCGCAGCACCUUCAGCCUGCUUCAGCGCUCGCUGUUCCUCACCCGAUAGCUCAAAGUGACGCUGAGAUCGCCGCUCGUCAAAAUUCGGGACAAGGUGCGGUCAUGUGGGACGGUACUAGCUUGUUCAUCGCCGGCACUCCCAUCACUCUGUGGAGCGGCGAAAUUCACCCUUGGCGCCUUCCUGUUCCAGGCUUGUGGAGAGAUGUUCUGCAGAAGUUAAAGAGCGGAGGGUUCAAUGCCAUCUCCAUUUAUACCCAUUGGGGCCUCACAAUGCCGGCCAACGAUGCCAGUUCGAUCUCUCAAAAGGGCUUCAACGAUAUUGCUCAAUUUCUUGACACUGCACGCGAUGUCGGUCUGUUCGUCAUCGUUCGCCCAGGACCCUACAUCAACGCUGAGACCACCGGCGGAGGCAUGCCUGGCUGGGUGCAAAAUCUCAAUGCGACGCUACGCACGACCGACGAUGCGUAUCGACGAGCGUGGACGCCCUACUUGGACGCCGUCGUCGAUGUCACAAAGCCACGCCAGGUCAAGCUGGGUGCAGAUGGCAAGCUAGACACGUCCGCAGGCUCAGUCAUCGCUGUCCAAGUGGAGAAUGAAUUCCAGGACAAACUCGACGGAGCGUACAAGGCUCAUUUCGACGAGCUGAUCACGUACUAUAAGGGCAAAGAUCUGGAGGUGCCGCUGACCUUUAACUCGCUAGAGGGUCGCAACGACUUUCAAAGCGAUGCGUCGCUGGACAUUUGGGGCGUAGACUCCUACCCUCAAGGUUUCGACUGUGGCUCGCCCAGCAAGUGGAGUCCCACGAAGAACUACACUGAGAGCACACACGUGCGCUCUACUAAUCCCAACUUCAUUCCAGAGUUUCAAGGAGGCUCGUACGACCCCUUUGGCGGCUACGGUUAUGAAGCUUGUGCAGAGCUCACUGGGCCGGAUUUCAUUCGAGUCUUUGACAAGGAUGUUCUGUCUCAGGGUCUGAAAAUGAUCUCGCAGUACAUGGGAUACGGCGGAACUAAUUGGGGACACUUGGCAUUCGGCGGUCUCGUCUAUACUUCAUACUCAUACGGUGCAUCCUUGGCGGAAAAUCGCAUCAAGCUCGACAAGCUCUACGAGAAUGCUCAGCUCGGACGCUUCCUUGCGUCGUUUCCUGCGUUCAGUCGAGCCACUCUCAGGUCACGACAAGCGAGUAACGGCAUCCUGGUCAGCGAGUUACGAGAUGGCGAUUCUGCAUUCUACGUGGUCCGUCAUGAAGACUCCACUUCGACUCAGACGAGCAGCUUCAAGCUCGACGUUCAGACGAUUGGUGGUCAAUUCAAGAUUCCACAAGAGAGCGAAGGCAUCUCCUUACUCGGCCGCGACUCUGUCAUCAUUCCUGUAUCUCGAGUGCUGAGCGCUUCCAAGGCGACCUUGCUCUACUCCACCGCAGAUGUGAGCGUCGUUUCCGUCAUAGACGGCCGUGACGUGGUGCUCGCGCAUGGACAUGCCGCACAACAACAUGAGCUGCUGCUCCAGUCUAGCGACGACAAGCUAGCGACCACGGCGCAAGUAGACGGCGUGACGAUGAAAGAUACCGACAAGGGCUUGCUCAUCACUUGGAAACCUGUCGCAGGUACUGCCGCUUUUCAUGUGCCGCUCACUGCAGGCGACAACGAUCUGUUGUUGAUCCUCAGUUCCACAGAGGCCGCCUACCUGUCGGCACCGAUGUCGACCGCUCCUGCAGGGAGCCUCGAGUACAUUACAGGUUUUGGAGAGCAUGUGCUCAUCAGCGGUCUGUAUCACGUUGCAAACGCCACGCUCGACGAAUCGACGCUUCGCAUUGUUGGUCAAGUCAAUGCCACGACGACGGCGCUGGAGGUGGUCGCGCCAAAAGCUGUGACAGCAGUCACAUUCAACGGUGCUGAAGUCAAGACGACACGCACCGAUUACGGCUCGCUCAAGGGGGCUGUGUCGGGUCCAUCUGAUGCGGCGAAAAGCUGGAAAGCGCCCGCUCUACAAGGAUGGAAAUCUGCCGACAGUCUGCCGGAAAUCGCGUCCGACUUUGAUGCGUCGAAAGAUUUCAUCGCAGCGAACCUGACGAGUACUCCCAAUUCGUGGUUUGAAGCCAACGCGACAAAUGGCAGCGUACUUUUCGCAGAUGCGUACGGCUUCCAUGUCGGCAACGUGAUCUGGCGCGGAAGCGUCGAGGUAGGCCAAAGCCGACCGACCGGACUGCAAUUGAGCGUCCAAGGAGGCAAGUUCUUUGCCGCCUCGAUCUGGCUCAAUCAGACAUUCCUGGGGUCUUUGGAAGGAAGCUCUUCGGCGGAUGUCGCCAACGCCACCUUUAAAUUCGACGCUCUCCCGGCUGGCAGGAGCAUUCUGACGGUCCUGCACGACUCGACAGGCUUGGAAGAGGCAUCAAGCGACAAUACUAUUGUGCCGAAUGCGCUCCCUCGGGAAGUGGCAAAGAAGCCUCGCGGCAUCACAAACUUUGCAUGGACCGGAGCUCAGAACGAUGCGCAGCCUCGAGUGGAGUGGAGCAUUGCUGGUAAUUUCGGUGGAGAGCGUUACCCCGACAAGACGCGCGGACCAUUGAAUGAAGGUGGACUGUACGGCGAGAGACAAGGCUGGCAUCUCCCCGGAUUCGACGACAGCAAGUGGGAGGCGCACGAGCUCAGCGCAGGUCUCGAAGCCCCGGGCGUCAAAUUCUUCCGCACAAGCGUCGAUCUGGACGUGCCGACAGGCCACGAUCUUCCCCUCUCGCUCGUCUUUUCUGACGACGGGGGAACAGACUCCCCAGACUCUCGCCCCACGUCCAGAUUUCUCCUCUUCGUCAACGGUUGGCAAUUCGGUCAAAGACUGACAAGGUGGGGACCUCAGACCGUCUUCCCAAUCCCUCCUGGAAUUCUCGACCCGCGCGGAAAGAACGAGAUAGCGGUUGCGGCCUGGGCAGUCGACAAGACCGGCGCAAAGGCAUCGCUGGCCUUCCAAGUCGACGAUGUGUUCGCUGGUGACGUGGACUAUGCUCUCGACAAUCCGUCCAUUGAGACUGUCCGCGGUACACCGUCUGCAUAAGACGGUGCUCUGCAGAAAUCGUAAGGUGACCCGUGAUCGCGCACAGACGACGCUCUUUCUCGCCCAAUCACCAUGUCUGAU